AUGGAAGUUAUAAACAGGUACAUUGCAAUCAAGAACCACGCAAACGAUGCGCCACAAGACUCUGAUUUCAAGCUCAAGUCUUCACCACUUACUCUUUCCAUGGACCCUGGCUCCGAUGAAUUCAUUGUCCGAAAUCUCUACGUUUCAAUCGACCCUUUCCAGUUAAACCGCAUGAAAAGCUAUAGCUCCUCACAAGAGAGUUCAAAAAAUGCAGUCGCCAUUAUUCCGGGUGAGGCUAUCAAUACUUACGGUGAUAGCAGAGUUGUGGCUUCUGAGAACUCGAAAUUUGAAAAGGGUGACAUUGUCACCGGCUUCCUCAACUGGGAAGAGUUCACGGUCGUAAAAGCCGGUGGCAUGCUGAACAAGCUCGACCCCAUGGGCUUUCCCUUGUCUUACCAUGUUGGAAUUUUGGGUAAACCACAAUUUCUUUUUUUCUCAUCUUUGACGGCCUAUGCUGGAUUCUACGAGAUAUGUAAGCCAAAGAAGGGGGAGAAAGUGUUUGUUUCUGCUGCUUUGGGAUCAGUUGGGAACUUGGUUGGUCAGUUUGCAAAAUCAUUAGGCUGUUAUGUGUUAUGA